CCAUAGACAGUAUAGGUUGCUCCUCCUGUAGGCUAUCCAAAAUCAGGAAGUUGUCUCUGGGAAUGUGUUGUCUUCCUGACAGAGGAGUCAACUCCUCCCAGCUGACAAAGUCUGCUAGGUUCAUUGUUAGCUAAUAGUAUUAAUAAAUAGCUAUUGUUAUUCAGAAAAGGGAACGAUGGAGGUCGACUCAGUCUUCUACACUGAUCAUAGCGGAAGAGUCCACAAUAACCCACUGCUGGACCAGCUCCCCAGCUACCAGUCCCUACUGUACCGCAGGAAGUCGUCCAAUAGUGGCACCAAACGAAGGAGUAGCUCCAGAGGACGAUCUGGUUCGUCUGGCAGUGGGAAAUGGGGUGUGAGCACUGUCAGCCGACGUGAGGAGAAACAGAAAAGUCAGAUGGUGCAGAGACCCAUCAGGGAACUAGCCACGACCAUGGCGGAGAAACGCAUACACGUAACACAGCGCUUGGAGGAGGCCCGAGAGCUCAGUAGUUUGAGACAGUUGAGGCAAAGCACCCGCAGGCAUCUGCGGAGGCUGAGGGACGAUGCCCAGGCAUGGCUGAGCUGGCUGAAGCUCUGGAGGGGAGACAUCCGCCUGAUAGAGGGGAUGUUCGGCACAGGGAUCCUGUCUUACUUCUCCUUCCUGCGCUUCCUCGUCAUGCUCAACUUGAUCAUCUUCGUGCUCAUGUUCAGCUUCAUCAUGUUACCCCUCAUCAUAGCCCCCCAUGCUUCAGGAAAUAUCACCUACACCCAGAAAGUUGGAAGUGUGUGCAGUGAGUAUUCAGGCACUGCCCGUCGAGGUCUGGUCAACUUUCAUGAGCACAUUACAGAUCUGCUGUCUGGUGGAGGCUUUCUGGAACGGACCUAUCUUUUCUACGGCUACUACAAGGUGGACAAAAUACACUUUCCCAAGGCCACUUACAAUUUGCCAUUGGCCUACCUGUUGGUCACCAUAGCCUACCUGUUCCUCAGUCUCAUCUGGAUUGUUAAAAGGUCUGCCACGGGAUUCAAACGCAACCUGAUUCAGGAUGAGGAUCGCUUUCAGAGCUUUUGCAAUAAGAUUUUUGCUGGCUGGGACUUCUGCAUCACCAACGAGAACGCUGUGAGGCUGAAGAGAAGCAGUUUGCUGUAUGAGCUCAGGACGGAUUUGGAGGAGGAGAGGAUCAAACAGAAAAUAGCAGAUCGCACCCGCAAGGAGAGGUGUCGGAUUUACCUCAUCCGCCUCAUUCUCAACCUGUUUGUCAUCGGUGUACUGGCUGCAUGCUUCUACAGCAUUUAUGCAGCCACCAUCUUUUCCCAGAAAGUACAGAUGGAUAACAUAAAGGAGAAUUUCAUCGUGGAUCUCAUCUAUGAGUAUUUACCCUCAAUAGUUAUCACCUUGGCCAACUUCGUCACCCCCCUCCUCUUCUCCGUUAUCAUCAACUAUGAGGACUACUCGCCUGCCUUCGAGAUCCGCUUCACUCUCAUGAGGUGUGUCUUCAUGCGGUUGACCAGUAUCGGGGUUUUGCUCUUCUCUCUCUGGUCUCAAAUCACUAAAUGUGACAACGGGCCCUGCGUCUGUGGCUAUAACAAUAAGCUUUACUCUUGUUGGGAGACCCGUGUGGGCCAGGAGAUGUAUAAACUCACCAUCUUUGACUUCAUCAUCAUUGUCGCAGUCACCAUCUUUGUGGAGUUUCCCAGAAAGUUGAUAGUGAAUUACUGUGACUGUGGCCUGGCUAAGUGGUGGGGCCAGCAGGAGUUUGCUAUUCCUCAAAAUGUGCUAGAGAUCGUCUACGGUCAGACCAUCUGCUGGAUCGGCACGUUCUACAGCCCAAUGCUGCCUGCCAUCUGCACUAUGAAAUACUUCUUUAUCUUCUAUAUCAAAAAGGUCUCAUUGAUUAACAACUGCCGUCCAGCCACACGUCCGUUUAGAGCUUCCAGCUCCAACUUCUUCUUCCUGGCUGUGCUGCUGAUAGGCCUGGCUCUGGCCUGUGUGCCUGUCACUUUUAGUAUGGCACAAAUAAACUCUUCCCACGCCUGUGGACCAUUUGUUAAUUACAACACCUCCUGGGAGGUGCUGCCAACUACAGUAUCCAAGCUACCAGGUGGAAUCCAAAAACUCCUCUUGGCUCUCUCAUCGGAGGCCUUCGCCGUCUCCUUCUUUGUUGUUACAUGUUUGGCCAUGUUUUAUGUGAUCGCACUAGCUGGAGCUCACAAGAGAGUUAUUGACCAACUAAGGGAGCAGCUAGCCAUGGAGGGCCGUGACAAACGUUUCCUGAUCCAAAAGCUGUGCCAGGCCCAGAGGCUCUCGGCUAUCAAAUCCCCAGUGUCCAAAUCUCAGCCCUGCAUAAGCAGCCCCAGCUACCACACCAGCUUCUCCAACAAUUUUAACGAAGCUGUGUUCCUGGCACACUCCCCUCCAGCGUCCUCCACACAUGUCUGAGGCAAGGGCCUGAUAUUCCCGACUCAAAGCAAGAGACUGACCAGAUGGAGUGGAGUUAAAAACGCAAUUAAUAUCUUAAAGAGCCCCUAUUACGUUUGUUUUGGAUUUUUCCCAUCUUUUAGUGUGUUAUAUAUUUUGUGUGUGUAUGUAAUAGGUGUAUAAGGUACAAAAAACACAUUUCACUCCAAAUGGACCUUUCUCUUCCACAGACAUCACUUUUUCUCAACUUCCUGAAAACGGCUCGCCCACAUUCCAGUUUGAAAUUCCUCAAUUAGUGAUGUCAUUGAUUGAGAAAGCCAGCCCAGUUUUUUAAAUGUGCUGCCCAUAGGUGCUGCCUGAGCAAGCACAGCCCACCUAGUGGCUUGUUUGAAUUUGGUUGACCAAUCACAACAGAGUGAGCCAGUUGACCAAUCAUAGUAGGCUGGGCUUUCAGGAAGGUGGGCCGAGAGCUCAGAGCUCAUGUGAAAAUACUUCAACUAGGGAGCUUGUAUGGACCUGCUUACAUUAUUAAGUAUUUUUAAACCAAAAAAAUUAGUGCUGUUUUUUUGUGGUGUUUUAUCCUGCUGUAUUUACAGUCAUCUUUCCCUUCUGAGAAGGACUUGCUACUAACUACUGGAGUUUGAAAAACCUUUCUGAGUUGUAUGCACUUUAAAUGUAUUAACACUACAGUUUUCUCACUUUUACAACCUGUUUUUACAGAACAGUGUUUUCAUUGUGCAUCUUGAGUGUUUUUAAAUCUACCGUUAAUCAUUAUUAACCCUGAGGUUGUAUUAUAAUGCAAAGAACAAAUACAUUUAAAAAUACUAAACUAAUAGUUCAUUUGACCAUUUCUUGUGUGAGGAUUUUCUAUAGGUUUUCCAAUACAAUCUACAUCUUAUACACUUCUCUCAUUAAAAAAAACAACCAACAAAUCAAAACAUGCAACACACACAUAGUAUUUAUGUUUUACUUGUUUUAUAUGUUUUACUUUGUGACGCAUUGUAUGUGACCUUGUUGACUGCCUUUACUAUUAAGAUGUUUAAAUGGAAAAUAAAUAUUCUAAUUCGUCAA